AUGCCGGAACAGAAGAAGUCCUCGCCCCAGCAGGAGGUGAUCCUUUCGAAGUGGUACUUUGGCGGCCUGGCCUCCGCCGGCGCCGCCUGCUGCACCCACCCACUGGACCUGAUCAAGGUGCACUUUCAGACGGCGCAGUCGAGCGGCGCUUCCGGCUCCACCGCUUCCUCUUCCUCUGUCCGUCCGACGAUGGUCUCCACGACGGUGCGCAUCAUCCGGGCGGAUGGCGUGCUGGCGCUGUACAGCGGCCUCACCGCCUCCCUCCUUCGCCAGCUUACCUACUCCACCACCCGCUUCGGCAUGUACGAGGUGGGGAAGCAGCAGCUGGCCCCGGACGGCCACACCAUUCCCUUCUACCAGCGGGUGCUCCUCGCCGGCGUCUCCGGCGCCGCCGGCGGCCUGGUCGGCAGUCCCGCCGACAUGAUCAACGUGCGCAUGCAGAACGACAUCAAGCUGCCGCCGGCGGAGCGCCGCAACUACCGCAACGCCCUUGACGGCCUCAUCAAGGUGUACCGCUUCGAGGGGCCGAAGGCGCUCUUCAACGGCGCCUCCAUGGCCACCUCGCGCGCCAUCAUGAUGACCAUUGGACAGCUGUCCAUGUACGAUCAAAUCAAGUACAUCAUGUUGACGUACUUUUCCUCUAUCUUUGAGGACAAUGUGUCAACACACUUGACGGCCAGUACGCUGACGGGCGCCGUGGCGACGUCACUCACCCAGCCGCUGGACGUACUGAAGACACGACUGAUGAACUCGACUGAGAACCAGUACCGGAGCGUGGGCCACUGCAUCCGCGACCUGUACCAGACCUCCGGCGUGCUGGGCUUCUUCAAGGGCUACGUGCCCGCCUUUGUCCGCCUCGCGCCGCACACCAUUCUCACCUUUGUCUUCCUCGAGCAGCUUCGCCUCAACUUUGGCACUCGGGUAAAGGCCACGGCGAGCCACUCCUGA